GCUUCUUGUGAGGCUUCUUGUGAGGCUUCUUGUGAGGCUUCUUGUGAGGCUUCUUGUGAGGCUUCUUGUGAGGCUUCUUGUGAGGCUUCUUGUGAGGCUUCUUGUGAGGCUUCUUGUGAGGCUUCUUGUGAGGCUUCUUGUGAGGCUUCUUGUGAGCCUUCUUGUGA